GCCCCCGCGUUGAAGAAGAAGAGCUGCGUCACUUCCGCUUCAAAAGUGGGUUACUUCCGGUUGUCCUUCUGUCCUGAUUAUAACCUCGUCAGUUGAGGAUUAUUUGGAAUAUUUCGGACAACGCAGCAUCUUAAAAGGAACCAGAGCAACAGGCGACAUGGCAGAGAGAGAAGCAGACAUGGAUGAAGACGCGGGAGAGGUGCCGGCCGGCGAGGGCGACAACGACUCGGACAGAGAGGAAGACGACAGAUUUUUUGUCUGGAUCGGGAACGAGGACAUGGAUGAGGACGACGAAGACGAUGAGGUGGAGGACGAACACCCGGCGGACACCGAGGCGCCCGAGUCCUUCGAGUUGGACACGCCGGCUGAGCGCAGUGGUCACAUUGCUGUAGUUGACAGAAACAUCAUGUAUGUGUGGGGCGGAUACAAGAACGGCCAAAGUCACGGCUUCUUUGAUUUAUAUCUGCCCAGAAAUGAGGUCUGGACCUACAACAUGGAGUCGGGAGUAUGGAUGAAGCACGUAGCCGGAGGAAACCUGCACACGUCCAUGUCCGGCAGCUGCGGGACGUGCCUCGACGGCGUCCUCUACCUGUUUGGGGGUCACCACGCCAGGGGGAACACAAACAGGAUCUACCGUCUGCCUCUGAGGGCUCCCAGCCUGGUGUGGGAGGAGAUGAGGGAUCUUAAAGGACUUCCCCCGUCCUCCAAGGACAAGCUAGGGUGCUGGGUCCACAAGAACAGGCUGGUUUUCUUUGGCGGCUACGGCUACGCUCCACAGGGAUCUCAUCGAGGGACUUUCCACUACGACGAAUCCUCCUCUCUUAUGUGGGACAGUCCUGGGCGCGGCUGGAACAACCACAUCCAUGUCCUGGACCUGGAGACUUCCACCUGGAGUCAACCCAUCACUCAGGGCAACACGCCGUCGCCCAGAGCAGCUCACGCCUGCGCUACAGUCGGCAACAGAGGCUACGUGUUCGGUGGACGGUUCAAGAACUACAGACUGAACGACCUGUACUACAUCGACCUGGAGACGUGGGAGUGGCACGAAAUGAGUGUUCCUCAGCACGGUCCUGUGGGUCGGUCCUGGCACUCCUUCACGCCGGUGUCACCGGAUCACAUCUUCCUGUUCGGCGGCUUCACCACCGACAGGGAAACGCUGAGUGACGCCUGGCUCUACUGCGUCAGCCGCAACCAAUGGAGGCCCUUCAAGCACAGCCACGCCCAGAGCCCCAGGCUGUGGCACACGGCGUGCGCCGGGCCGGACGGAGAGGUGUUUGUGUUCGGAGGCUGCGCCAACAACCUGCUGUCCCAUCAGAGAGCGGCUCACAGCAACGAGCUGCUGCUGUUCAACGUCCAGCCCAAGUCUCUGGUCCGGUUCUGCAUGGAGACGGUUCUGCAGCACAGCGAGCGGCUCUCUGGCUACUGGGACUGCCUGCCCAAACACCUGCUGCACAGCCUGAAGCAGAGGAUGUCCCGGGUCAACACGCUGGGCUCGUAGGACCCGGAGCAGGUCCGACCGGACCACGCGUCAGGAGUCACGGGCCGGUUCUGAUUGGGUCGGGAGUUUGUGUAAAAAGUUUACCGUGAGGAACGGAGCGAGCGGCGGUUUCUCCCCCGGGUGUCUCAGUUUAAACGAAAAGGUCCCGGUGGUUCUGGUUCGGCUCGGACCGACUGGGAUCCUCUUGCAUCCAACGUCCCGACAGCUACGGGUUCAGUUAAAGGUCCAAUAGUUCUGCUGUAUAAACCAGCGCGGCCCGGUUGGGCCCAUUUUUCUGUGGCCUGCAAUUCCAGAAAGGUCCGAAUUGGGCCCGUCGGCACCGCUGGGCGUUUUUAGGGUCCGAUUUAGAGACGUCCAGCAAAUUUGAUUCGUUCAGCCUGAUGACUUAGAGCGGAGCUUCAGAGGCCGACCCAGAUCGACCCAAACCAUUUAACCGGGUCGAGUUCUGAGCGGUUCUGAUGUUUAGGGGAAUAAGGCGGCUGCGCUGGAUCCAUUUAAGCGUUUAGUUUGUCAGCGGAGAUAAAAUAAGUUUAAAAUUAAAAAGUUGUCUGUUUUGAAUUAAACGCUCAUGUUCUAUAAUUUUACUGGAUGUUCUGGUUCUGAUCCCCUCAGGAACCCGACACCGGGUCCGCUCCCCAGGAAGACUGAACGUUUCGUGUUCUGUGUGUAAAUACGUUUUUUUUUGUCUCGACACUAAAAAGGUCCAAAGUGGACGGGAAGGCCCGGUUUGGUUCUGACCUGAUCUCUGCCAGCUUGCUCAGAGGAAUGUGUGAACGGGCGGCGAUCGGAUCAGAACCACAGCGGACCUCAGCAGAACGUGGUGUGCACAAAAAUGACUCUUUGAAUUGUUGCUCAUUCAAGUUUGUAUUCAAAUAAAAAUACAGAAAAUAAAA